AUGACAUCCUCAACCCCAUCACCACUGUCACCACAGAGCUCAGAAGAAGACCUAGCCGCCCUAGCCAAAUACAUCGGCCAAGUCGUGCCCUUCCACAUAUCUCCCGGGAUAAUUGUGCUCAGCUACAUCAUCAGCUUAUGUGGUGCGAUUUCGACUCUGGAGCUGAUGAACCGCCGGACGUCGAGUAAGGGAUUGUAUAAUCACUUGUUGCUUAUCGGUGCGGCGAUCAGUUUGGGGGGUGUGAGUAUUUGGUGUAUGCACUACAUAGGCAACCGCGCCAUAAUCCUGCACCACGGCGAGGUCUCUCUGCAAGUAGUUUACGAUGCAGGAAUAACUGCCGCCUCCUUCUUCGUGCCCAUCGUCGUUUUAUUAUCCGCCUUUUUUAUCACAGCCAACACGACGCUCAUAACCUGGUGGCGCAUCCUUUUGUCAGGCGCCUUGUCGGGGGGCGCAACAUGCGGUAUGCAUUACCUCGGUUCGGCCGCUAUUCGCAACUACAAGUGCAGCUAUGAAACGGGGUACGUGGUGGGCGCGACGGUUAUCGCCGUAUUCGUGAACACGGCGGUGCUGGCGCUGUUCUUUGUGUCCAAAGCGCUGUGGACGAAUAGUUGGUGGAAACGAUUGGGGUGCGCGGUGGUUUUGUCGGGGAGUGUGUCGGGGAUGCAUUGGUGCGCUGCGGUGGGGACGCGGUAUCGGCUGCAGAAUUUGGAGAAUGUGAGGAAUAUGGUGGGACAUAAUGCGACGAUCAUCGUGGUGCCUUUUUUGGCGAUAUCAAGUUGUUUGGUCAUGGCGGGCGUGGCCAUCCAUUCCAGCAGAAUCCGCAAAGUGUACGCCAGCAAAGCGCAAAAGAUCACACUCGCUGCUGCCAUUUUCGACGAGCAUGGCCGGAUCCUCGUUACGCCGGAUGGUAACUUGCCAAGUGAGGAGAUCACGACUACUUUUCUCCAAAAGACCCAACACGACAUCUUUUCCACAGGCCACCCCCUCUUCCACUGGAUCUACCAAGCCUCCCGCGACUGGUACCUCAUCUCCAAAAUGGUCGACAAAAUGGACCGCCACCUCGCCUCGCUCCCGCACAGUCCCUCCUCGCACUCCCGGAAAGCCCGCAUGGGCAUCGAAUUCAUCGACGAAGAAGGGAAAAUUAUCGAAGACUACGACGUCAUCUUCCGGGAAAUGUUCUGCCUCGCGACCGUCGACCUUUCCGCAAAAGUGAACAUGUCGCUGGACGAAGCGGGCGUUUUGUGGGACGAGAUUCUGACGACCGGUGGGACCUUACCCGGUGGGAGUGGGAGUGGGAUACAUAGUCCCGGGUAUGGGGAGCAUAAUUCUAGCAAAAGGAAUUCGGACUUCAGUGGUCACGGUGGUUCUGGGCUUGAUAAGAAGGGAUCGACUUCGACUAUGACUACGAGCACGACUAUGACGGCUUCGGCUUCGGCGGUGGAGAUGGCGGCGCAGAAGAACAUGAAGAACUGGGAGGAUUUGGCGGAGAAGGGCAUGGUCCACACGGGUGACCAUGGACAUGGUUCGUUGAUGUUCUUGGUCAAGAGGGUGCAGGGCAGUCAUGCGGUUGACAAGCUCGAAGCCUCGGGACAUACUUUUGCCGACCUGCAUCAGGUGUGCAGGAUUAUGAACAACAGCAUGCAGAUCCGGACGGGCAAGUUGGAGGAGAAGUUGAGGUCGAUGGAGCGAUACACGUACGACGCCAUGCUGGAGCCGGGUGUUCACGUUGGGUUGUUCGCCAUCCGAGCGAGGGUCGAUGUCCAGCAGUUCGAUGUCAUGGUCCGCAAAGAAGCCCGCGGCUUGCUUCCGAGUGUCAAGCUGCCCAUUGAACGACUCAGUUCCUCCGAUUUCGCAUUUCUUCGCCGCCACGACGGGCUGUCGAUAUCUUACUUCCUCAAACGCUUCCGACACAGCGAGGACAUCCCCCAGCAAGACACCAAGAUUGCUCAAAUCCUGUACGAGGCCAUCAAAGACCUCCGAUCACUUGUCGAUGACACUCUCUUCGAUGAGGCAACGCUGGUGGCCAAGGUCUCCCAGGUGCCAUGCAAAUCACCCGACAAUGACUCGCGUGCCAUCACUUGUUCCAUGCUCGCCUUCUGCAUGAUGAUUCCCAUCCACAAGAGCGUCAACUGCGCCGAGUUCGAGUUCACUCCCCUGCCUUUCUUCAAGGUUCGUCAGCUGGCGUACAAGAACUCGCCCUACCACGCCGCUUUCGCUCGGUCCGUCCAUCGCGAGAUUUACCCGAUCUUGAAUGACUUUCCCACGACGACGACCACCGUCGACAAGCGUCGAGUUCCCGCCUGGUCGUCCUCAUGGCUUCCUUCACUGGUGUCGAUGCCGAUUUUCCAUCUCUGGCGACGACCAAACCAUCAAUCCCACGACCUCCAUCCCUGGCGUCACCAGCGCGAAGACAUGGAUUCUUCGUCACUCGUCUAUUCCACCAAGGAACACGUCCGCCAGCCUUCUUCACAUCGGAGCAUUUCGACACAUUCUCUCGACGUGUACAGCACCAUCAACUCGGACGACAACAAGGGAGGGACGCAGAUCCAGCUGCAGCCACAAUCAUCUCUCCAACUUUCUCCUCUCACUCUUCCAUCACCUGGCUCAGCGCAGCAACAGGGGCAGCAAACCCCCGGUAGCGCGAUCGCCCCGACUGGAGAACUCAUGACUUGCCCAAUGACUCUCCACCUAUACUCACCUCGCGAGAAGCCACAACAGCUUUCCUACGGCGGCAUCAUGAUUUCUCAGGAAGUCUCCGUGUCGGUCGACGACUCCGCUCCGGCUGUUACUAUCUCAAGCGGUAGCCACGGGAGAUCACCGCCUCAUACGCCGCCGGGUCACCGCUGCCAUCACCACACGCACAGCAACAACCAUCAUGUUCUUCACAACCAUCGCCAUGGUAACCACCAACACAGUCGUAGCGCAGGAGGGGCGUUUGAUCUGCAGAUGUUGCACGGCGGGAAGAAGAGGCGGUUCCUGAGUAACCAGCGUGCUCGGUCUCGGUCUCGGUCUCGGUCUCGAUCAGGGUCGAUGGGCGCCGGGUUAACGUUAUCGACAACAAACCCAACCAGCCCUCGCUCCCACGGAAAUCCCAACCGUCGCAGCUCCUGUCCGCCCGAUUACAUUGACCCUCUCAACCCGCUGAACCUAGAACUGCUCUCCGACCACCAGCUCCCUGAGGAAUGCGUGAUCGACCACUACGCGCACAACUAUAACCACACCGUUCGCCACGGUCUCGGUCAAGGACUCGGUCAACUCGGCCACUUGUCACCACCGCAAACGAGUUCAACGCGCCGAUUAGGAUCCAACAUGUUGAAUUUCCCGCCUCCUGAUCCAUCAAUCCAUUCUGCUCCCGGCUCGGCCAAAUUCGAUUGCAGCUCCUCGUCACAGCAGCAACAGUCCGCAGACGAACCCGGCCCAGCUUCACCCAAAUCCCAAACAGACUUUGGUCUAGCACUUGGCCCUUCAUCACCCACCUCUCCCCCUUCCACUUCCAUUUCCAGUAACCGUCCCCGCACAGCCCCCGGCUCACAAGCAGGUCUGCAGCUACAACCACUAGGUAGCGUCCUUUCCUUCUCGCAAGCGCUAGAAAACCCGCUUUCUGCCGGUGGUUCAAGUGCAGGCUACAGUCGGUGCAACGGAGGGUACAACGGCGUCAGUGCUUCCGUACUGGGGCUGGGAGCGAGUAAAGUGGAGGUGAAGAAGGAGAGGGAUGUGGUGAUGACGUUUGUGGAUGAUUUGUUUAGCGUUUGUGUGAACAACUCUGGGAACGGGCCUGGUAGCAGUGGUGGUGGUGCGGGGGGGAUAUCCUCGGGUAUUGGACUUGGACUUGGCGGUAUGGGUAUGGGGAUGAUGGGUGGCGAGGAGAGGGAGAGGGAGAGGGGGUGGAGGAGGUGA